CUACACAUACUCACCAAAAACAUGGUUCCUUCAACACCGACACCGAAAUCCAUAUUGCGCGGCCAUAAAUCUCAAAUUCACACAGCAGCAUUCGUUAGAUCCAAUGAGCGUCUCAUUACAGGCGAUGCGGAUGGCUUCGUGGUGCUAUGGGACCUCACAAUAAUGCGCCCACGAGCCGUUUGGCGUGCCCACGAAAAGGCUCUACUGGGAGUUGGCGGCUGGGGUGACGACAAAAUCAUCACGUAAUCGCUCCGUCGAAAAACCAGUAUCGACUCGAGAAUGCCUUUGCUGACAACAGUUUGCAGGCAUGGUCGUGAUUUGAAGCUCAUAGUGUGGAAACUUGGCGAGGCAGAUGAGGAGCACCUCAGCACAGCAUUGCCAGUGGAAGAAGUUGCAACACCAAGGCCGCAACCAUGGAUGAUACAUCUCCUUGAGGUCAAUACCUUGAACUUCUGCGCUUUUGCCAUCUGUUCAAGUGCGCCUGGAUCUGUCGAUACCGCCUCUGAGGUGCUGAUCGCGGUGCCUAAUACUUUGCACUCAGAUGCUAUCGACAUCUACCAAUUACCUUCGCAAAGACGAAUUCACACUAUCAAAGCUGGUGAUAAAACGGGCAUGGCCAUGUGCCUUGCUCUCCUGCAUCACAAAGACACUCUCACGCUCAUUGCUGCCUUUGAAAAUGGUUACGCAACUGUGCACCGUCUUGAGUCCGAUGACCAAUGGGUCACAACGUACCAUUCCCAGGCCCAUUCACAGCCUGUCCUGUCGUUGAGCGUCUAUAACAACUACUUCAUCACGUCUAGCGCCGACUCUAUCAUUGCCAAACAUCCUAUUCCCACCGAUCUGUUCUUUCCUCUGGGAGACACUGUACCUCCCAAAAGCACCGAGCGUGUAGUAGAAAUAGUAGACGAAGAACCUAGGGCGAAGUCACUUCUAUCUACUGGCCUGAAGGCUUCAUCCUCACAAGGGCCGAAGCCUUCUCGUCAGGGCAUUGCGUGGAAAGAUCCGCUCAAAGCUAUCAACACCAAACACUCCGGACAACAGAGUCUAGACAUACGAUCCGAUGGAAGGAUCUUUGCUACUGCAGGAUGGGAUUCAAAAGUGCGAGUGUACUCUACAAAAACCAUGAAAGAGCUCGCUGUCUUAAGGUGGCAUCAAGUCGGAUGCUUCGCCGUUGCAUUCGCUGAUGUUAGGAUAUCUGAUCAGGCGGGGGAGGAAAACUCUACGUCUGACGAUAGUCAACCCACGGGGAGUUCAAGCACGUGGAUGGGGUCGUUGAUCCGAACAGGGCUGAGCGUCAAAGAGCAACGAAUAGCUACAGCGAGAAAAACACAUUGGAUUGCGGCAGGGGCGAAAGACGGUAAGAUUAGCUUGUGGGAUAUUUAUUAGCUAUGUAAACAGGAUCCUAUAAUGGAUACUGCUUCACUAGAUGGAUUCGUAGCAAAUUCCGCCCUGCUCUAUGAAGCAGGAAAGGAAGCAUCUCCCGAUGAGAUGUGGUCGAAAUGGGCCAGCCUGACUUUCGAAUAAACGUGUAAAAGCAAAAGCAACAACGCUGAUAACUUGGAACCAGAAUACGGUCAGCUCAUGGUAUCGUCAACGUCUAAUUACACCGUUAGGUUCCAAUAUCUUAGUGUAGGCCAUAGAUGUACUCAC